GCACGAGCUCAGGAACGAAGGGGGCGUCAACUCACGAGGCAAAAAAAAAAACAAAAAACAAAAAACAAAACAAAACCCACAAAACUUUUAUUUCACGUAGCAGUGACCAGCUGUGGCACAACGGGGCCGGCUCUCUCGCCUCUCCUCUCUUAUCCACGCCUGAGUUGAACGCUCACUUGUACACUAAAUGGCCAGCCCUGGUUCGGAUGCUAGACGGCAGCUCCAUCCGCAACAUCCGCACAGCGAGGCCGCCCCCGAACCGGCCGUGCGCGAGGCCCGGAAAUGGAUAGAGGCAGUCACUGGCAGAAGUUUCGGGGAGGAUUUCAGAGGCAGCCUGGACAACGGAAUCCUGUUGUGCGAGUUGCUCAGUUCGAUUAAGCCAGGUCUUGUGAAGAAGAUCAACAGGUUGCCUACUCCUCUAGCUGGGCAAGACAACUUGGUGCUCUUUCUGAAAGGUUGUGAGGAGUUGGGAUUGAAAGGCUCUCAGCUGUUUGACCCAGGGGAUCUACAGGACACGCGCACCACCCGAGGCUCAGACUGCAACAAGAGGCUAAAAAAUGUUCUGAUCACAAUCUAUUGGCUGGGCCGGGCAGCCAAUAGCUGUGCCACAUAUAACGGGCCCACUCUGGAUCUGCGUGAGUUUGAGGGGCUACUCUCACAGAUGCGAAAGGAGGUAGAGGACUGGGACAGCCCAAAGCGCAGCAUUAGGGACAGCGGUUACAUCGAUUGCUGGGAGUCGGAGCGCAGUGACUCUCUGUCGCCGCCGAGGCACGCGCGAGACGACUCCUUCGACAGUCUGGACUCCAUCGGCUCCCGCUCGCGCCACACGCCCUCUCCGGACGGCCUGUUUGCCCGCGGCUCCAGCGAUGGCCGUGGCAGCGACUCGGAGUGUGACAUCCCCUACAGGAAGCUACCAGAUAUGCGGCGGGAUGACAUGCUGGCGCGGCGGACAUCAUGCAGCGAGCCACGUACCGCGGUGCCCUUUAAUCAGUACCUGCCCAACAAGAGCAACCAGACAUCGUAUGUACCCAUUCCUUUGCGUAGACAACGCACCGAGCGUGAGGAGAGCUGCAAGAGCUGGAGCAAUGCCACCUCACCUAUAGGAGGAGAGAGAUCUUUCAGAUUUGGCCGCAGCGAUAGUGUAUUUGAUGACCCCGAGAGUGUGAGUAUGAUUGAUGUGAGGACUGAGGAUGAUGGCCUGCUGCCACCUCACAGUCAGGUCCGACACGAGUUGAUGCAUGACCAGUAUAACAGGAUGAAGGAGGAGGAUAGCCAGUGGCAGGACGACCUGGCGCGGUGGAAGAGUCGCAGGAGAAGUGUGUCUCAAGACCUGAUAAAGAAAGAGGAAGAGAGAAGGACGAUGGAGAGACUGCUGAGCCGAGAGGAAGGCUCACAGAGGCGGAAGAGUUUCAAGACCUACAGGGAGAUAGUGGAAGACAAGGAGCGUCGUGAGCGGGAACUCCAUGAGGCUUACCUGAAAGCUCGAACCCCAGAGGAGGCAGCUGCCAUAUUACAACGCUACGCCCAGCGCUUCACUAUCAGCGAAGCUGUGCUGGAGUGCCUCAAACUACCCCGUGUUCUCGAACGCAGUGUCUCUGCUGACCCCACGCGUUCCUUGUCUUCCUCCAGCGACGCUGUUUUCUCUUCUUCCUCAUCUUCCAGUCCACUGCAGUACCUGCGUCAGCAAUCCCUGCCUGCACAAAAGUUCACCGCCACUGUGGAGGCCCGGGUGACGCGAUACGGGGCAGAGCACAGGGCUAUGGGGAGAGAAGGAGGAGGUUCAGGUGCAGUUUGUUCAAGCAGGAGCAUCCCAUUACUCAGUGCCAAACCCUGCAGCCAUGACAGAGCAGCCAAGCGGCAUGAAAUGGAGCGAGUUAAUGGGGAAACGGACAAUGACCACAAUGCCAGAGACAAGCGAGAAUGGGGGAUUGAGAGAGAAAGAGAAGAUGAGGGUGAAAGAGAGCACACAGGAGAUUCAUCUCUUUUGCUCUUUUAUCCAUCUCCUACCCAGAACGUUGACUCAGACACUACAGAAAUAGAGGUGUCAGACUCUCUCUCUUCAGACAAACAAGCAACCUCACACACACCGACACACACAGCAGACUUCGAGUCAGUAGAGGGGCGUAGCACAGUGCCAGGACCUGAGAGACAGGAGGAAGAGGACACACAGAAAGAAGGAACACUUAGCCGACCUACCUUCUUACCUACGUCACAGACUGAAGAAGAGGCAGUUGCACAGGCCGGGAGCAUACCUCCUACCCAAAAACAAAAGGAGUACCAAACAGAAGAGAAUGAGAGAUGUCCAGAAGACCAUCCAGUGGAGAGUACUGACUCUGUAGCAGUCAGUCAGACUGAACAAGACUCACAUGCCUCAUCUCACAUAAAUGCUACUGAUAACCAGAUCAGUAAACCAGUCCAGGAACCCUCAGAGAGAACUGCAAGCCCACCAGCCCCAUCCAGUCUAGAUCAUCCUACACCCAAAUUUGUCACUGGACUCUCUGUAACAGAGCUGGCCAACAGUGCCCAGCUAGCAACGUUGUCCAGUAACCCUAAGUUACGCUGGGACUUCUUCACUUCACCAGAACCUGUCGAGAAACAACAUGGAAAUGUUGCUCCCACGGUUUUGAAUCUGGUGAAGCGGGGUGAGCACUUUUCAUGGGAUCCUGAGGAAGAGCGCAAACGGCAAGAAAAAUGGCAGCAAGAGCAGGAACGCAUGCUUCAGGAGAAGUACCAGCGUGAGCAGCAGAGGCUGAAGCAGGAAUGGGAGAGAGCCCAGAAGGAAGUGGAGGAGGAAGAGAGAAGAUACCACGAAGAGGAGCGUAAGAUUCUUGAGGAAACAGUGGCUCCUCUGAUGCCGAACUCUCCCCUGCCGUCUUCUCCCAGCUAUAAGGAAUCCGUUCACACACAGAACAGCAUCGUACAUGACUGUGAAGGCAAGCAAGUGCAGCUGGAGAAACAGAAGUUGGAAACUUUGGAGAAUGAGAGGCAAAUGGAAAACGGGAGGAAAGAACCAACAAGCGCACAGGAAGAGCACUCUCAGACAUCGGAACAUCCUCAAAAGCCAAGCUGUGACCAGUUACUGGGCCAGCCUAAUGGACAGCUAGGAGGAGGAGCAGAGGGGCAGAACAAGGUCCCUGAACACCUGCACACCAGUAAGGAUGCCUCAUGGAGCAGUAAGCAGCAUCAGCAGCAGCCAUCAUCAGAGCCCUGGCAAAAGACUGCUUCACAGGACAGUAACAGAACUAUCCAGCCAGCCCCUGGUAGUCGUAGAAGGUCUGGGUCCAUAGAAAAUGCUGGUGCACAGUCAUCACAGUCCAUCUCACACACAGACACACAACAACCUCCAUCACCAAACAGAUCUGUGAGUGGGAAGAAGCUGUGCUCAAGUUGUGGUCAUCCACUUGGUAAAGGAGCAGCCAUGAUUAUCGAGACUCUCAGCCUUUACUUCCACAUCCAGUGCUUUAAGUGUGGGAUCUGUAAGGGACAUCUAGGUGACACCUCCACAGGAACAGACGUAAGGAUCAGGAACGGUCUGCUCAACUGUCAUCAGUGCUACAUUCGCUCUCGUUCUGCUGGUCAGCCCACCAACUUGUGAGCAGGCAUUAUGAUUUGGGAACAACUAAACAGCCCAUCACAGCUUCUAACAGUCACCCAGUGCUUGGACUGGUCACAUCUCCACCUUCACUGAGACCAGUGCAAUAUUUCCAAGUCAAGGCUAAUUUGCUAUUUUCUAUAUCUCCCAAAUAAGUGUGUCAAAAGCCUGGUGCUUUUUUCAAGGUUGAAAUAAUCAGUGUCCACCCAUCUGAUCAAUAAAGUUCUGCAAAUGGCAGACCUUUUAGAAAACAGAUGGGUUUUAAACUAAUACAGACAAUUCCACUCAAGUCACUCUGAAACCAGCACCCUACAGAUAAUAGUCUGCUGGUGGAACUAUGAGAUGCCUAUAGCCAUUUUUGUAUGUUAAAAAAAUCACAAACCCAGUGUCUUUGAAUCUUUUACCCAUCACUAUGUGAAAAUACGCUGUAUACCAUUAAAAUCUCUGAGGUUGCAAUGUUUAUCUUGAUUAUGCAGGAUUUACUUGGUGCAGUGGUCCCUUCCAAUGACUUAAGAUCAUUUAGUCUGUACUAAUUGGGUGCCUAUUUCCAGACAAUACCAUGAAGAAAAUGUAGUCCACUGCAAACUGUUGGAAAUACACAAAAGAACACUAACAUUAGUGCACCAUUAUUUUUUAUCCUUUUGUGUCAGUAAAAAUGAGAAUUUAGAGCUGGUUUAUCUAAUCUGAAUCGUGCUCCACCUCUGCUGCUGCUCCUCCUUCAUCUUCUAUCAUGGUCUUCAUAAUGGCGGGAAGCUGGCCAUAAUCAUGGCUGGGAAGCAGACUAUAAUCAUGGCUGCACCUGAUCGAUAGACAUCCAUUUCCCCCUUUGCAUUUCCUGGGCUGAAGGGGAAAAAUGUCCUCAUGUACCAAGUUAAGGUUUCUUAGUUUGGACUGAUUAAGUAAAGCUCAUGUAUACCGACCGCUUUUGUGGUGACAAAAGCAAUUACAUCUAUCUUAAAGUCAUUUUAAGAUGGUUUUGGUUUAUUAGUGGAGGGAAUGAUAAUGCAUUGAAACAAUGUGCCUUAGAAUGAAUGAUUGCACAAAAAGCAGCUUGAGAUAUCAAAUCCAAAGACUUUUGUCUUUAGUCAGGACAAAAUAGCAUUUUCAGGCUACAGAGAAGGAAUUCUAGAGAAUUUUAAAGAAUUUUAAGUGGGAAAUUUAGAAAAACAAAAUCUCUUUUUCCAAUCUCUGCAUCCUUCAGUGUGUGUUUUUAAUUUACACACACAAAAUCCGUUUUCUCAGAAAUAAAGGUACCAAGCUGUACCUUUCCUUGUUGCUGGGGUGGUACCAUCAAGAGUACAGCUUUGUAUCUUUAGUGUAUACCUUUCACCUAAUAUUCUAAAAUAUAAAAACAAUAUAAGGAACAUAAUUUGACCUUAGGGACCACUUAUGUAGCUUUAAAGUUAAAGAAACACAUCAUACACGUUCCAGGUAAAAGAUAAUGUACUAAAGGUACAAAAAAUUUUCUCUUCAUGGUACCACCCCAGUGACAAGGAAAAAUACAGUUUGGUACCUUUAUUUCUAAGAGUGUACUUUAGACUUAUGUUUACCUGAAUCUGGCUUUGGGUGAUCCGUAUGCGAGUUAAUGAAAAACCACCCGAGGGUGUCAUGUUUCUGCACACAAAUAGCAAUACCAAUGCUCAUGUUUAUUUUAGAGACAGUUUAUAAUCGGCCUAGAUACCACUCCACUAGCCACGCUUAACACAGUCUAACCAAUAGCUUUUUCCACAAUAUGUACCUGAACAUAAGAGCAGAAAGCUCAAAGGCUUUUGCUAAAAAUCAAUUAAUGUUCACCUUUCAAGAAUUUUGAUCACUGGACAUUUAAUAUGCUCUCAUAAUUUUUUGUAUAGUCAGUGUUCUGCGCUUUGGGUCUGGUUGCGUAGAUAUUAGUCAUAACAGGCAUAUAGACUAUAUACAGAGCGGAUGCAGUUUGAUAUGGUCUAGGAUGAAUGACCUACCUUGGAAAUGAUAUCAAAUCUAAGGUAUAUUUAUUGUGAUCUUCAAAUGUACACUAUCCGAAUAUAGAUUACUUUGUUGUUCCAAUGCGAUGGCUUUACAGUAUACUCUAUGUUUAUAAAUAAAAUUCCUGAAAAAGAU